CGUGGUCAUCCCUGACUCUCUGAACUUGUCCAAUAAACUCCUUGUGUGUCUCAAGAGAAGAAAAAAACAAAGACAGAAAAAAAUGCCCAAGGUUAAAUCUGCCAAAGCGAUCAAAAGUACGAAAACCGUGGAUCCCAUGAUGCCCAAAAGACCCCUUUCGGCCUACUUGAUGUAUUGUCGGGACAAUCGAACUAGUGUCCAAAUGGAGAACCAGGGGCAAAAACCUUCUGAAGUCAUGAAAACCCUUGGCCACAUGUGGAGAAACUUAUCUGAAAAGGAAAAGAUGGGAUAUAGUAGGAAGCAUUCGGAGGAGUUGCAAAAAUAUAUCGAGAAAGUAAAUGCUUUCUUUGCAGAGAAAAAGAGCACCGACAGUAGCCGUGGUGACGGCACCAGCUCGGCGAGAUCAACUACAACGAAAAAGGAUGCCGCUCCAAGACCAAAGGCGAAGGCACCUUCUACUUCGAAGAGUAACGAAAGGGCAAGAAAGGAGUAGUGCAGAAAGCCACGGAAAUUGAGGAUACGGAUGAAAUGGAGAUUUGUGAGGAGUAACUUCUUUGCUUAGAAAGCAGGAUUUGGUUUCGCAAACGAUGUUUGAUUUGAUAUGAGGCAAAGUAUUCAUUUACGUCUGCUCCAGAAGUAGUAAAAUUGAG